AGAGAGAGGGGACAAGCGGACAAGGCAGGACCCACCACCCAAGCGAGCUCCAGAAAAAGGCUCCGGCAUUGAAGGUCAAAGGCGGGCUUUGUUGGUGGUGAGAAGCGCCGUGACACUGACAGCCGCCCCUGGCGCCGCGGGAGGAUGGCGAUACGAGUCACUGCCAGCCGCGACUCGGGGCGGACAUUCGGCCAGGAGGAGUACAGUCUGUACAGUGGCCUGAGCGAGGAUGAGCUCAUUCAGAUGGCGAUCGAGCAGAGCCUGGCGGUGGCGCCUUCUUCCUCCGGCCAGCCCCCCAGCUCCACGGUGCAAGCUCACCCCAGAGGCCGAGCCCAGGCUCAGGUGAACCGGCCAGCAGCACAGGGAUCUGCAGCCCAGCCAUGUCCCAAGAACAGGGCAUCUCUGGCCAGUGCUGCUCCCACAGCGAACCCUCCGAGAACAAGCCACUUCAGAAGAUACGACGGCAGGCUCUUCCCAGUCUCCAAGCCGGCAGCGGAGCCCGAUCCUGUCGUCGCUGCGGUAAGUAACGGCGAUGAAGAAGCCUUGAAAAAAAUGAUGCAGUCGGGGAAGAAACUUUCCGUGCCAAAUCGGGAAGGCUGGAUCCCUCUGCACGAAGCUGUCUAUUACAACAAGCCAGGCUGUGUGAAAUUGCUGCUGAGAGCUUAUCCUGGAACUGUCGACUGUCGGACACUGGCAGAGGAGACUGCUUUGAUUUUAGCAACCGCCAGAGGAUACCUGGAGUGUAUGCAUUGUCUGUUGGAAGCAGGAGCAGAAUGUGACAUCACUAAUAAGGCAAAAGAAACUGCACUCUACAAAGCAUGUGAAAAUAAAAGCGCGGAGGUUGUGAAGCUUCUCGUAAAAUUCAACGCCAACGUUAAUCACCGCUGCAACCUCGGAUGGACUGCACUCCACGAGGCCGUCGUACGAAAUGAUCUGGACAUCAUUGAAGCUCUUGUCACUGCCGGCGCCAAGAUCGAGUCCACAAACUCUUACGGAAUCACUCCGUUAUUUGUAGCAGCUCAGAGCGGACAAAUGGAGGCUGUACGCUUUCUUGUAAAGUGUGGUGCCAACAUCAACACCCAGGCCAGUGAUAAUGCCUCAGCGUUAUAUGAAGCCUGUAAAAAUGAGCAUGUAGACAUCGUGGAGUUCCUCCUGUCACAAAACGCUGAUGCUAACAAGGGAAACAAGGAUGGCUGGCUGCCUCUUCACAUCGCAGCUGCAAAAGGCAACUCGGACCUGGUUCAGGUAUUGAUUCCCGUUACGAGUAAGGUCCGUGUGAGACGCAGUGGGAUUAGUCCUCUUCAUCUUGCUGUUCAGCAUAACCAGGUGGAUGUUAUGGAAGAGCUAAUAGAAGCCGGCUUUAACGUUAAUGCUCUCCUAUCACCUGAAAGAUCGCGACUUUUUGAAGACAAGCGCACUUCUAUUUUGUACUUUGCUGUUUACAACAACAAUAUAGAGUCUACAGAAAUACUGCUGAAGGCUGGAGCACAUCCCAACGUGGAUUUGAUAACCCCCCUCCUCAUUGCUAUCCGGCACGGCUCCGUCAAAAUUAUCCAGAUCCUCAUGGACUAUGGGGCUAACAUCAAUGCCUAUAUUCUGACACACCCCACUUCCUUCCCGGCAACAAUUAUGUUUUCUAUGAAGUACCUCAGUUUGCUAAAGUUAAUCAUGGACUAUGGUGGUGACGGAGAAUCGUGCUUUAAUUGUGACUAUGGCAGUUGUCAACAUCCAGAGCAAGUGCAGAGAAACCCUGAAAGAGAGCCAGAGAAUAAACAUCCGAAAGUUGUCCAAUUUUGUGAGAUUGUGUCUACACCUGGAAUCUGCAGAUGGGCUGGGCCAAUUAUCGAUGUGCUACUUGACUAUGUUGGUAAUGUGAAUCUCUGCAGUAAAUUGAGGGAACAUCUGGACAGUUAUGAAGACUGGGAAGCUAUCAGAGCCAAAUCAGAACUUCCAAGGCCUCUUCUUCAUCUUUGUCGAAUUAAAAUUCGAAAGAUUUUGGGACGUGAGAGACUAAGACUUAUCGAAAUUCUGCCUCUCCCAGGCAGGCUGAGAAAAUACUUGGACUAUGACCUUACAAAUGAGUUGGCAUAAGCAGAGGCUUUGGCAUGGAAUGGAAGGAUAAUGUAUUAUAAACGUACUUGUGCAUUAGAGGGUGCAGUGAAAGAAGUCAGCCCAUAAUCAGAUUAGCAACAGCUACAAAUCAUUUUUGGAUAUGUGAUGGAGCAAAACGAAAUAAUGUUUUGUGGAAUAAUAACACCAACUAACUUAUGUGGUCUAUGAGUGAUUGAGUGAGCACCAGGAGACUGGAAAUAAAUCAGGAUCUUUGGAUUUAAAAGGUUCCUAGCAAAGGAAACUAAACCUGAAAUGGAAGCAUUCUAAUAAUGCAUAUCAUGCCAAUCAACGUGUGAAUGAGAAAUGGUAGAGUACAAUUUGGCUACAUCCUUGUCACACGUUCCAAUGGAAGGUUCCCCAGAAGACCCCGCCUCUCUUUUUCCAGUGUUGGUGGAAAUAUUGUGCAUGCCCAACAUUUUGUAUUUUCAAACCAGCUUUCCAACAGAUUGCAGCAUUUUAAUCUGUAUAUACGUAAUAUAAAAAAUGUACCAAGAUUCUCAUAGAAGUGGCCUGAUGCAUCAAUGUGUAAGAUAAAGAUUUGGCAAGCAAUUUUUUUUUGGUGAAGGAAUAGAAAAGAAUGAUUGAUUAAUUAGCAUUGUGCAACUUAGACACAUUUUACACAUGGAACUCCAUGAAAAGUUCAAUGGAGACACAGGAACCGCAGGUGCAGGUUUACA